AUGGUAUGCGCCCAUACCCCAGAGAAAGGUGGCUGGAGGGGCAGCCCUCCACCACCACCACCCCCCCCCCAAAGCCCAGGCUCGGGCUUCUCCGAGUGGCAUGGGAAACAGAAACUUAGGGCAGAGGGUCUGAACUCCAAUGUGCCGGAAACGGGCAGCCCCAGGGCGCUCUGCGGCCCUGCAGUGCUUUGUCUCCUGCCCCGGGGUGCAUACCCGGAGGACCCCGUCCCGCCGCGGCGCGGGGAUGCUGCCCUGCGUCGGCCCGCUGGUAGCACGGGAAGCCCCGAGAUCGGAGGCUGCAGAAGGGGCCGGCAGCCGGGCGGCCCCGCCCCAACACCGCCCCCAGCCCGCGGUGGCGCCCGCGCAGCGCCGGUGGACAGGUCAGUGCUCACCAGCCUGAGCAUCUGUCCAGGGGGACAGGAUGCCCUUCAAGGGGUUCUGCCAAGACCCCCUGGCACGUCCCUGGGGAGCCUAGGAGACCGCACCUACCGGCCACUGCUUUCCAUUCCCCUGAGGGACCUAGACAGCAGGGUGGAUUUCCCGUCAGGUGGGAGGAGCUCCUACCCCAUCUGGGAGGACUUCAACUCCAAGGCCACAAAGCUGCAUUCCCAGCUGAGGACUACUGUGCUGGCUGCUGUGGCCUUCCUGGACGCCUUCCAGAAAGUGGCCGACAUGGCCACCAACACCCGAGGGGCCACGCGGGACAUCGGCUCGGCGCUCACGCGCAUGUGCAUGCGCCACCGCAGCAUCGAGACCAAGCUGCGGCAGUUCACCAAUGCACUGCUGGAGAGCCUCAUCAACCCGCUGCAGGAGCGCAUCGAGGACUGGAAGAAGUCAGUGAACCAACUGGACAAGGACCAUGCGAAAGAGUACAAACGGGCCCGGCACGAGAUCAAAAAGAAAUCGUCAGACACGCUGAAGCUGCAGAAGAAAGCCCGCAAAGAGCUACUUGGGAAAGGAGACCUGCAGCCCCAGCUGGACAGCGCCCUGCAGGACGUCAAUGACAUGUACCUGUUGCUGGAGGAGACGGAGAAGCAGGCAGUGCGCCGGGCCCUGAUUGAGGAACGUGGCCGCUACUGCACCUUCAUCACCUUCCUGCAGCCGGUGGUGAACGGUGAGCUGACCAUGCUGGGGGAGAUCACCCACCUGCAGGGCAUCAUUGACGACCUGGUGGUACUGACCGCAGAGCCCCACAAGCUGCCCCCAGCCAGCGAGCAGGUGAUCAAAGACCUGAAGGGCUCAGACUACAGCUGGUCCUACCAGACCCCACCCUCAUCACCCAGUAGCUCCAGCUCCCGGAAGUCCAGCAUGUGCAGUGCCCCCAGCAGCGGCAGCAGCGCCAAGGGUGGCGGAGCCCCGUGGCCUGGGGGCACCCAAACAUACUCACCCAGUUCCACCUGUCGCUACCGCAGCCUGGCGCAGCCAGCCACCACCAGCGCCCGCCUCUCCAGCGUCUCCUCUCAUGACUCUGGCUUCGUCUCCCAGGAUGCCACCUAUUCCAAGCCCCCCUCGCCCAUGCCUUCAGACAUUACCAGCCAGAAGUCCUCCAGCUCCGCAUCCUCCGAGGCCUCGGAGACCUGCCAGUCUGUUAGCGAGUGCAGCUCUCCCACCUCGGACUGGUCCAAGGCUGGCCCCCAUGAGCAGCCCGCCGGCACCAGCCUGCAGCGCAGGAAGGACCGCGUGGAGCUCCUGCGAGACGCAGAGCCGGGCCCCACCGGUGGAGGUACCCUGGGCCCCAGCGGGGAAGAGAUGCCACGGCCCCGGAUGUCCCCUGCCACCAUAGCAGCCAAGCACGGUGAGGAGGUGUCCCCGGCGGCCAGUGACCUGGCUAUGGUGCUGACCCGGGGCCUGAGCUUGGAGCAUCAGAAGAGCAGUCGGGACUCGCUGCAGUACUCCAGUGGCUACAGCACGCAGACCACCACGCCCUCCUGCUCCGAGGAUACCAUUCCCUCCCAAGGUUCCGACUACGACUGCUCCUCUGUGAACGGGGAUGCGGACAGCGAGGGCCCCCCGGAGUUCGACAAAUCGUCCACCAUCCCCCGCAACAGCAACAUCGCCCAGAACUACCGCCGCCUGAUUCAGACCAAGCGCCCGGCCUCCACCGCGGGGCUGCCCACCGCCUCGGGCACGGGGUUGCCCUCGGGUGCGCCCCCUGGCGUGGCCACCAUCCGCCGCACGCCCUCCACCAAGCCCACUGUGCGCCGCGCGCUCUCCAGCGCCGGCCCCAUCCCCAUCCGGCCGCCCAUCGUGCCCGUGAAGACGCCCACAGUGCCCGACUCACCCGGCUACGCGGGCCCCACGCGGGCCGGCAGCGAGGAGUGCGUCUUCUACAGCGACGAGGCUGCCUUGCCCUUGGCAGUGGACCUGGCCAAGGCCUCCCCGAAGAGGCUCAGCCUGCCCAACACGGCCUGGGGCAGCCCCUCUCCGGAGGCCGCCGGCUACGCGGGGCCGGGAGCGGGGGACGAGGAGCAGCAGCAGCAGCAGCAGCAGCUGGCCGCCAACCGGCACAGCUUGGUGGAGAAGCUCGGCGAGCUGGUGGCCGGCGCCCACGCCCUGGGCGAGGGCCAGUUCCCCUUCCCCACAGCCCUGUCGGCCACCCCAGUGGAGGAGACGCCCGCCCCGCCCCCCGCCGCCACCAGCGACCCCCCGGCCGAAGACAUGCUGGUGGCCAUCCGGCGCGGGGUGCGGCUCCGCAGGACCGUCACCAACGACAGGUCGGCGCCGCGCAUCUUGUGAUGGCGUCACCCCCGACUCUGCGGCUGAAGCAGGUGGCAGGUCGGCCAGGAGCAGCUGGAGGCAGGCAGGGGGCGGGGCCGCGCGAAGGGGCCGCAGAGGGAGCAGAGCCAGGG